GACCGACCGAGGGAGAUUUGGGGGAUGCUGCCAGUGUUGUCAAGGUACUCGUCGAAGAACAAGAGAGGACAAUGAUACGAACAUGAUCAACGCCGAUGGCUUCUCAAAAUGCGAGGCGACUCUCCAAGAGAGAGGCAGGAGGAGGCCACCCGCAGAGAUGCUCCAUCUGCUGUCAGCUGUCAUUGUUUGGCUGGUGACGGGCACCACCAUAUCCAGCCUCAACAAAUGGAUAUUUGCCGUUUACAACUUCAGGUACCCUCUGCUACUAUCAGCACUGCACAUGCUGACCGCUAUAGUGGUGGACUAUGGGCUGAUCAAACUGCGGGUGAUCCGCCACAGAGGGGCUGGAGAGCAGGACCUGACACCUAGCGCAAAAUAUAAGGUGUUCCUGUUGAGUCUGACAUUUUGUGCCAGCAUCGCCUUUGGGAACAUGGGUCUGAACUAUGUCCAGCUGUCAUUUGCACAAAUGAUCUAUACCACCACCCCACUCUUUACUCUGGCCAUUUCCACGCUUAUCCUGGGCAAGCAGCAUCACAUCCUCAAAUACACAGCCAUGAUGCCCAUCUGUCUGGGAGCCUCCUUCAGCAUCAUGGGAGAGGUCCAGUUCGAUCAGACCGGCUGCUUCUUUGUGUUUGCUGCAACCAUGUUGAGGGGUGUAAAGUCCAUUCAGCAGAGCAUCUUACUUCAGGAGGAGAAAAUCAACUCGGUGUUCCUGCUCUACCUGAUGUCCAUUCCUAGCUUCUGCAUCUUGACUGUCGCAGCUUUGGCCUUAGAAAACUGGGCUAUGCUGGAGUCACCGCUGCAUUACGACCGCCACCUGUGGGUCUUCAUCUUGCUCAGCUGUCUGGGGUCAGUCAUGUACAACUUGGCCAGCUGCUGCGUCAUCACGCUCACCUCGGCCGUUACUCUGCAUAUCCUCGGCAACCUGAGCGUGGUGGGAAACCUGCUUUUGUCUCAGCUGCUUUUCGGCAGUGAACUCUCCGCCCUCAGCUGUGCGGGUGCGGUGUUGACAUUGUCUGGCAUGCUCAUCUAUCAGAACUCAGAGUUCAUUGUCAGCUUCCUGGACGCACGCAGGGCCAAAGCUAAAGGGUCUGGACAGGUGGAUUUUGACACUCCAUGUGGAGAGGAUUCGGACAAAACUUGUGCAUCUGAACCGCCAUAUCAUCAGCAGAGAACAGAUGGCAAACAGGAAGAUAAGAUAGACUGAAAUAUAAGGAUGAAGGAGAGAAUAAAUGUAGAUGGGAAAAAAUGCUAAAAAUCCUGGCUGUAGUUCUGUCUGUGUGUCAUUAAGUGGUCAAGAGCAGCAGAGGGGGAGUGACCUUAUAAGACCAUGGUCACUGACGAUGUGACAAAUCUUUUUUUUUUGUUUGUUUUAUUUUUUUUUUUAACUUCCUCACUGUGCCAAUUUAUUUCUCCUCUGGUCACACAGAACUGAGGACUUCAGAGAGGAAAAGGUUGCCUUUACUUAUCAUGGUGAUGGUUAAAUUCUCUCCUUCGUCUGUAAAUCACUCAUACAUAGCCUAUACCGUUAUAUGCAUGCAUGAGCACACUAAACUGUUUGAUACCUCAUGAGGUAUUUACACUGUCACUCGUACUACUCCACUGUGAAAAUGUUCUCAUUUGUAGAGGGCUCUAAUCGAUGUUUUGGGUGGCUGUCGUGGACUUUGUCGGCUGCAGAGGGGGGGCGAGGCUUGGAGAGCACUCUGCUUCAAAUUUGAAAGAGCACUAUUUGUAUUAAAAUUAUAUGGUACUGUUACCUGACAUUCACCUGGCCCUGUCAUGGUAAGGUACUGGAUUUUUGGCAGCUUAUUUUUUCUUUGUUGGUAUGUAAAGCAGGAAGCUUGUUAAGUAAGGACACUGCAGUUGUUGUUAUUGUUGUAGGGCUGAAACCUUUGUUAAGAGGCAAAAGUUACAAUGAUGGACAAAGCCAACAUUUCUGUGCAAUGAGACGCCUCUUUUCCUCUACUGAAGCACAUUUUAAUAAGAGGCCUGAGCUCUUUGUUUCAUCCUCCCCUAUGAACCUCGAUGUGGCUUCCCACUUAAGGCCUAGAUUUUGUUCUCAUACCAGCUUGAGAGGAUGGUCUCUCUGUAGAAUUAGUCCAAUUAUUUCCAUCUUUUACAGCAGUACGCUCACUGCAGCGUACCUCGAUAAUUAGGUUCACAAGUUCUCUAAGGAGUGUCACUCAGCUUUAGCUGUCUUUUCCCUAUGGAAGAUGAGCAAAAUGAAGACUGAGUUGUCCUUUAAGGUUACAUCUUAAAUCCCAACCAAUGUGGUUUUCAUUUUUCCCUUUUUGUGGGUGAGAUUUUUAUAAAGUUGGUUAAGCAGCACAUCUUAUAAAAAACGGACCUCUGCUGGACAGUGUUAUGUUUUCUCUCAGUAUUUGUCAGUAUGCUUUUACUUUGUGACGAAACAUAUUUUAUCCCCCUUUUAAUAUUUAUGUGGAAGAGAAUAUUUAUUUUUGAAAGGCAAUAGCAAUCAUUGGCUUUGUAAUGCUGUAGACUUUGGUCCUCAAGUGUCUUGCACAUGCAUACAUGUAAUAUUCAACAGCACUAGUCUUUCCUGUACCUCUCUCUGUAGAGAAGAGUCAGGCAUGCUAAGCAGAGGACUGCAUGUCACUGCUCCUUCUGAAAGCAUCUUAAAUGAUUGGAGAUGUCUGUUACACUUCCUACAAUGUUUACUUUGAAAGCUCUUUUAGUGACACCGUGUUGUAAUACUGGUUCUGUCAGACCAGAUAUGAUCAAUGCUCACUUGCAGUUUGACCUCACACGACACAACAACAAAGCCAUGCAACAAGAUUUUUUUUUUUUUAUAACACCUGUCAUAUCUUCUGCACAUUUUGCCAUAAGAAUAACUGCAAGCAGAACUGUAUAUUUAAAGAUUUUAUUUGAUAUGUCACAGAUGGGUGCCAUUUAGAAAAUUACAUUGUCCUGAGCAUCAUUUCAUAUUGAGAAUUAAUAUAUGAACCUAAAACUUUUUGUAAAUCCCCAGUUAGUUGAAACUAGUGCAAGAAAGAUAUGAAAUGGUUUUAUUUUGCUAUUUGAUAAUUUGCUUUGUUGGUUUAAUAUUUCAAACUGACCUCAGUUACAUGUUUAAAGAAUAUGUACAGCAGAUCAUUUCACUGGUUUUUCAUUAUGGAAUACCUCAACUGUUAAAUAGAGCUUAUAAUGCCCCUGUGUUCAUUGAUAAUUAAUUAUUGGACUGAGAUCAAGCAGCUUUUCAAAAACCACACUAAAACUGCUGCAUGCGAAUGACUGAUUUUAUCGUUUCAGUUGAGUAAUCUGUAACAGAUGUCAACAUAUUUUAGGAUACAAAUGUUAUGGUCAUAACGGCCUCAGCGGGUCAUUUUUUAGUUUUAUACUCGCAUAAACUCUCACAGUCUUGUGUCAGUUUGGCAGGUUGGGCUGCUUGUUCUCAUGGAUAUCAUGUUGAGUAUAUUAUGGGUGUGGCAAAGCAACAGUUGCACUGACAAAGGUACGAAGACGCUGCCUUCAAGCCUACGGUUCCUGUGUACAUACUGGUUUUGAUUGUUUGCAAAGCUAGUUGGAUGUAAAUAGUUAUUUUAUUAUAUUUAUGUAUUUUAUAGUCAUAUACGGCUGGUUUAAACUAUACUGGUUUAAGAAUGAAACAUUUGCCUCAUGCCUUAUUGGGACACACUGUAGAAGCGAAAGAAGUGAUUUGGUUUGUCAUUUUUGUCAAAUUGUUUGGUAAUACUUUGAAUGCCAACAGCAGCCAUAUAGGUGCUUCUGUUUAGAGGCAAAGGUAUGGACAAUUCAUAUAUACAUAAUCUGCAAUUGCUUAAAAAGAAUUAAACUGACUGGUACAAUAAAAAAUAACAAAACCAA